UAUUAUGUUGUGUAUUGCUUCAAGCUUACAGUGUUUCAUGUACAGUCAAGUCAGUUUGGCCUUUGUUCCAUGUCAUGUACUAGUCUGAUACUGUGUCAUGUCUGUUAUUGAUCUGUAAAUGAGCUUGAUUAUCUAUUGAUCUUGCUAGUGAUCCACUAGAUCCCUAUGUGUGUUUCAGACGGGCAGGUGGAUGCUGUGAAAUGCAACCUACCCAAGGAGCUGAGGGGGCGGGACAUCCGCAGCAUCCCCAUAGAGAUGUUCAACUACUGCCUGCAGUUGGAGAACCAGGCCAGGGUCCCUGGCUACGAUGGGCCCCGUGGGGGGCGCCCACCCUGUGUCGGUCGGAUCAACGGGCUCAUGAACGGGCCCCAGGCCAACCAAGAAGACUGUGUACGCCAGCGCUACCGGCCCAUUAGCGUGCGCAGGGCCUGGGGGACUCAGAUCGUGGCGGCGUGUGUGUGUGGUGUGGUGUGUGUGAUGAUGGUGGUGGCGGCCACCUACGGCUGUAUCUACGCCUCUCUUAUGGCCAAGUACCAGAGGGAGCUGAAGAACACAUGGCAGCCAUUGAUGGCUGGGGAGGGAGGGGGGGAGACAGACGUCGAGGACGGCGUCUUUCCUUCCUCCCCAACAUCCCCAGCUGAGCCAGAACCAGAGUCCAGUCCCAUAGUCCACACAUACAGAAUAACAGGCUUUUGACCUUUGUUUCUCUGACUGGCUGACAUUCCUGUUGCAAGGAUUCAGGGGGGGCUGCAUUCCCUAACUGUGUGUCUUACUACUCAGUGCUCCAGGGCAUUCUAGACUAGGGAAUGUAUAGAGCUGAGAAAGCGUAUCUCUGCUGCACUUUGCUGGUGUUCGAGGCAUACCGACAUGAUCGUACAGUUGAUCGUCAAAUGGAAAACUGGAACGCUGCAUUGCUUCAAGACGUGUGGAUGCUACGUGAUUGGUACUUUAGUCAGCUCUCCAACUGUGUGGUGGACGUUCUGGUACCUCUGCACCUUGGUUCAAAGACUUUCCUAGAAAUCGUCUUUGAAAUCCAUUAUAAUUGUACGCUUAUUCCUUGAUCCGACCUUCCAUCAAAGUUCUUUGUGUUUCAAGCAAAAAAUGCCAAUAGAUCAAGUCCCUGUCUAAUGUAAUGUAACUGCUCCUAACGUUUUGCUACAAAAGCCCAGGUUAACAAUCCCAGUAGUGGUUGUCGCUCAAAUAGUUAUAGUACACAUGAAUGUACAAGAAUAUAGUACACAAUGUUCUGUGGAAUCAGUGUUAGACAGAUGCAGUCUUGUGUAUCAGAUCUGUGCUCAGGUGCAGUGACUCAAUCCUCUCUACUAAAUGAAUAUUCCAAGUCAAAUCAAUGUUCAUAUCUGUACAGAGUAAGCCUGCUUUCUAAGCCAUACAAUACAACAGCAAACUACUGACCUCUAGAGGAUAUUAUGAUAACAGCAGCUGAAGAGAGUCAGUACCAUGGCUAGCAGCCAUAUUCAUUGCGAACUGAAUCUAGUUGGCAACCAUUUCCAUUUAACCAUUUUGAACUGUCGAAGAGAUCAGCACUGACCUAAAAACAUGUACAUA